GGCAGCGGCUUCACUUCUCUCCGGGCAGCGGGGGCAGGAGCGGCGGCGGUGGGAGAAGCAGCAGCAGCGGCCGUCGCUGCUGCUCGGGAGAGACGGGAAAGGGGAGAGGAAGCCGAGAGCCAGGAGCGCGGGGGAGCGGGCUCAUGACUCAGUGAGUGGCUGCAGCCCCUUUCCAGCCCCGCGCCCGGCCGGAGUCGGGGCGACCGCGACGGAUUGUCCCGCAGCCUGUGCCCGGCACCAGCGAGAGAGAGAGAGACCUGCGCUCGCCUGCAGUGCAGCAUCUGCCAUGUCUACAGAGGGGCAGAGAGUGGAUGAUAGUCCAAGCACUAGUGGAGGCAGCUCUGAUGGAGAUCAGCGUGAAGGUGUUCAGCAGGAACAAGAAAGGGAGCAAGUUCAACCCAAGAAAAAAGAGGGGAAAAUAUCAAGCAAAACAGCUGCUAAAUUGUCAACUAGCGCUAAAAGAAUUCAGAAAGAACUUGCAGAAAUUACAUUAGACCCUCCUCCGAACUGUAGUGCUGGACCCAAAGGAGACAACAUUUAUGAAUGGAGGUCAACUAUACUGGGGCCUCCAGGGUCUGUAUAUGAAGGUGGAGUUUUCUUCCUUGACAUAACCUUUUCACCGGACUAUCCCUUUAAACCACCCAAGGUCACGUUCCGGACAAGGAUCUACCACUGUAACAUUAACAGCCAAGGCGUCAUCUGCCUGGACAUUUUAAAAGACAACUGGAGUCCAGCAUUAACCAUUUCUAAAGUUCUCCUCUCCAUCUGCUCCCUCCUCACAGACUGUAACCCAGCUGACCCCCUGGUUGGAAGCAUUGCCACUCAGUACAUGACCAACAGAGCAGAGCACGACAGAAUGGCCAGACAGUGGACCAAGCGAUACGCCACAUAGGAGCCUCCUCUAGGAUUUGCUGGACCUGUGCAAGCACAUUCACUAAGUGCAUCAAUAGCCCUUCCCUUCAUUCUUAUUUUUUAUUCAAUUUUGAACCAUUUUGUGACAAAAGGUUGUCCUUACUUCCUUUUUUGUUUCGUUUCGGUUUAUUUUUAUUUGUUCUGGGUUGUUUUUUUUUUUGUUCUGUUAACUUGAAAGUUGUUUCCCUCAAAUGUAGACAGGGAAUUUUGGUUAUCAGUGCAAAGAAUGUUGGAUCUGUAAUAGUAUAGAGCUUUAUCAGAAAGCUUUGUAUUAAUGUGUGGGGUUGGUUUGUUUUUUUUUUUUUUCUUUCAUGUGGUUUUGGGGAAAACAAACAAAUUCAGAAUUAUAUCUCGUUUCUACUUAAAUGUAGUGUUUAGGGUUAUUUUUUUGUACUGAAGUCUUUAAUGGUGGGUGCAUGCUACUGGGAACAAGUUUUGUAUAAAAGCUUAAAAUCAAGAAUCACUGUGCAUUACUAAGACUGUGUUUAUCACUAGCCUUCUGUUUCCCACACAAAAGGCUAUUGCAUUGAACAAAUUAAUAUGUAUUUUGAUUUACUUAAAAAACAAAAAAAAAAGUGCUUGUAAAUUUCUUAGGGACCUGCCACUUUUGACUGUGGAUCAGUUGAUGUACACUUGUAUUAUUAAAGCACUCAAUAAAACACUGUGGCUGAUAAAUGCA